AUGGGCGCCGGUGCCUCCGUCCAGUCGCUGCCCGCUACCCACGUGAAGGCAGCAACGGAAGCCGAUGUUGCCUGUGUCGUGUCCGAUCUGUCUGCCGAGGAGCGCCAGAAGCUGCAGAAGGCAUUGGCCAUGCUGGAGGGGGAGGGAAGCCGUGAACCGAAAACCUCGCCCUAUCCAUCCUUGUUGGGUUCCACGCGACUACCACAGCUUGAUGCUGGGAUGAGCAAGGGUGGCUACAGCAAACAUCCGAACGUCGACAUGAGGCAGUGA